AUGUCAGCACAGGAUAUGCGCGACAUGCUGGGCCUGACGGGCGAUGUUGCCCGUCCGCCGCCCUUGAAGAAGCAGAAGACGGUCGAGAAACGCCCACUCGAAAAGGGAAUUGCUCGUGAAGUGUCUGCUCUCAUGGGCGAACGCGCUCCUCCAAUUGCCAUGAUCCAAGUCCAGCCAAAAUACAAACAACGACCCAGACGAUCACAUCGAGUUGCACCUUGGGAAUGGGCCGCUUUCAACAACCAAGCAAGAGAGGACGGUCUCACCUUACAUCACUGGCAACGGAAACACGCGCCCAAAUCUCGUCCACAAACGGAACAACAACCGCAAACAGAGUCGGAAGCAGAUGGAGAGAAACAGCCAGAGCCAGAACCACAAGAGAAGGAUUACCAGUAUGCCAAAUACAACGUCCAGGUCGAGACGCCUACCUACGAUCAGACUCUAUACGAUGCUCAACUACAGGAUCCGGAUUGGACAAAGGAAGAGACGGAUUACUUGGUAGAGACUGUCCGAGACUAUGGUCAAAAGUGGCCUGUCGUUAUUGAUCGCUACGAGUACCAGCCUCAGCCCACUGAAGAUGGUGCACAAGUGCCAGAACCAAAAUCUCGUUCUAUGGAAGAUCUCAAAGCACGCUAUUACACCGUCAGCGCAAAGGUCCUGGCCAACCACACCCCCAUUUCGUCCAUGACUGGCCCGCAAUACAACCUAUACUCCACAUUAACUUCCUUCAACCCUGUUCAGGAGGCAUCACGGAAGAAGCUCGCCGAAGGUCAUCUAUAUCGUACUCAACUCGAGGUCGACGAGGAAAAUGUUCUGCUCGCCGAACUGCAACGCAUCAUGAUCAACCAGCAACAACUAGAAAACGAACGCAAGGAGAUCCGCGACAGAUUAGAAUACCCGUCAACAAGCAACACUGCAGCCGGACAGUACAGCACAUCACAGCAACUUGGUCAACUCUUCCAACAACUAUUACAAGCCGACCGCAUGAAGAAAGACCGUCGUCUCAAGGCUCUUGGCGAUACUCCUGGCAGCGGUCCUCCUACAUCUGCACAACUGCAAUCCGCUGCAGGUGCAUCUGGCCACCGCGAUAGCAUCAGCAGUGCCACGGGCGCCCGCAAGGCCGGCGGCCGCGACUCUAUAGCCGGAGGCUCCAGCUCAGGACUGGAUCCCACAGCACGCGCAUUAACUCCCCACGCCGCCCACCGCUACUUCGUCACCCAGCACGAUCGUCUCAGCAGUGGUGUAUCCUUUGCCUCUGACCGUCUCCACCGCGCCAGAUCCGCAAAAUCAAUGAUCCAAACCGAAAAGAUCUCAGCCAUUCUCAAUCAUUUGCGUAUCCCUGACAUUAUUCCUUUGCCUACUCAACGUGUCAUUGAAGACUUUGAGAAGUUGAUGCAGAAGGUCCAUGUUUUGUUAGAUAUGCGCAAGGUUGCGGAUAAAGAGGAACAGGAGAUUAGGGUCAAGGAGGCUGAGAAGAAAAUUAAAGAGAACAAGGAAACUGUCAAGGAAGAGGCUGAAGAGGCCAAGGUUGGACAGAAGAGAAGUGCAAGUGUAAUGAGCAAUGAUGCUCAGGGUGCUACCAAGAGACCCAAGAAUUAA